GAGUGUUGUGGUGGGGUUUUUUGGGAGCCAGCUCUAGUGCCAGGGCUUGCAACCUAGUUCUGCCCGGGUUUGACGCUCGCACGGCAGGUCGGAGCCAUGCAGCUGGAUAAUGUCACCAAUGCAGGCAUCCACUCCUUCCAGGGGCACCGUGGAGUGGCCAACAAGCCCAAUGUGAUCCUGCAGAUAGGGAAAUGCAGGGCAGAAAUGUUGGAGCACGUCAGGAGGACCCACCGGCACCUCCUGUCUGAGGUCUCCAAGCAGGUGGAGCGUGAGCUGAAGGGCUUGCAGAAAUCAGUGGGGAAGUUAGAGAAUAACUUAGAGGACCACGUCCCAACUGAUAACCAAAGAUGGAAGAAGUCCAUCAAGGCCUGCCUGGCCAGAUGCCAGGAAACGAUUGCCCAUCUGGAAAGGUGGGUCAAGAGAGAGAUGAAUGUUUGGAAGGAGGUCUUCUUCCGUCUGGAGAAGUGGGCAGACCGCCUGGAGUCCAUGGGGGGCAAAUAUUGCCCCGGGGACCAGGGCAAGCAGACGGUGUCCGUUGGGGUGGGAGGACCCGAGAUAAGGCCAAGUGAAGGGGAGAUUUAUGAUUAUGCCCUUGAUAUGAGCCAAAUGUAUGCGCUGACCCCUCCUCCUGGGGAGGUGCCCAGCAUCCCUCAGGGCCACAAUUCGUACCAGUGGGUCUCUGUGUCAGAGGAUGCUCCAGCCUCCCCGGUGGAGACCCAAGUCUUUGAGGAUCCCCGGGAGUUCUUGAGCCACUUGGAGGAAUACUUAAAGCAGGUGGGUGGCACAGAGGAGUACUGGCUGUCUCAGAUCCAAAACCACAUGAACGGCCCAGCUAAAAAGUGGUGGGAAUACAAGCAGGACUCUGUGAAGAACUGGGUGGAGUUCAAGAAGGAGUUCCUGCAGUACAGUGAGGGGACUCUGACCAGGGAUGCUAUCAAAAGGGAGCUGGAUUUGCCUCAGAAAGAGGGGGAGCCCCUGGACCAGUUCCUCUGGCGCAAGAGAGACUUGUACCAGACCCUCUAUGUGGAUGCAGACGAGGAGGAAAUUAUCCAGUAUGUGGUAGGCACCCUCCAGCCCAAACUCAAACGCUUCUUGAGUUACCCCUUGCCCAAGACCUUAGAGCAGCUGAUCCAAAGAGGGAAGGAGGUCCAAGGCAACAUGGACCACUCUGACGAGCCCAGCCCACAGAGGACCCCUGAGAUUCCAUCAGGAGAUUCUGUGGAGAGCGUGCCUCCCUCAACCACGGCCAGUCCCGUGCCGAGCAACGGGACUCAACCAGAGCCCCCCAGCCCCCCAGCUACUGUCAUAUGAGAUCAUCCAAGGGAGGCAGCAGUCUGGGUUCCAUG